CUCUCCAGCACCAUGUCACUCUUAGUGCAGUACUCUGAGUUGCCUAGGCAGCUGUCCUCCCAGAGUGGGACACCAGGCAGAGCCAGGGGCAUGUCUGCCUCCAGUGUUGGAAGUGGCUAUGGGGGAAGAGGCCUUGGCUUUGGAGGCAGCUAUGGGGGAGGUUUUUCUGCUGCUUCUGUGUUUGGUUCUAGUUCAGGCUUUGGUGGUGGCUCUGGAAGUUCCUGCGCAGGAGUGCUGGGCACUGCUUAUGGAGGAGGCCUGGGGAUUGGAUUUGGAGGAAGCCCAGGACGGGGCUCUCUAUGUAUUCUCUCUGGCAAUGAUGGAGGCCUUCUUUCCGGAUCAGAAAAGGAAACCAUGCAAAAUCUUAAUGACAGAUUGGCUUCCUACCUAGAUAAGGUUCAAGCUCUAGAAGAGGCUAAUACUGAGCUAGAAAACAAAAUUCAUGUGUGGUAUGAAACACGAGGAUCUCGGACUGAAGAUCCUGGGCUACAGAAUGAUUACAGUAAAUAUUAUCCACUGAUUGAAGACCUCAGGAAUAAGAUCAUCUCUGCCAGCACUGGAAAUGCCCAGCUCAUCUUACAGACCGACAAUGCAAGACUGGCUGCCGACGACUUUAGAAUGAAGUAUGAGAAUGAGCUUGCCCUGCACCAGAGCGUGGAGGCCGACAUCAAUGGCCUGCGCCGGGUGCUGGACGAGCUGACCCUGUCCAGAGCCGACCUGGAGAUGCAGAUCGAGAGCCUAGUGGGAGAGCAAGCCUACCUGAGGAAGAACCACGAGGAGGAGCUCCAAAGCUUCCAGUCUGACGGCCCCGCCCAGGUCAGUGUAGAAAUGAAUGCUGCCCCAGGAGUGGACCUCACCGGGCUCCUCAACAACAUGAGGGCACAGUAUGAAGCGAUCGCUGAGCAGCACCGUAAGGACGCGGAAGCCUGGUUCAUUGAAAAGAGCGGGGAGCUCAAGAAGGAGAUCAGCACCAACACUGAGCGGCUCCAGUCCAGCAAGAGCGAGAUCACUGACUUGAGACGCGUCUUUCAAAACCUGGAGAUGGAGCUCCAGUCCCACCUCGCCAUGAAGACGUCUCUGGAGGACUCCUUGGCCCGAACCGAGGGGGACUACUGCGGCCAGCUGUCCCAGGUGCAACAGCUCAUCCGCAGCCUGGAGGAGCAACUGCUCCAGGUGCGCAGGGACACAGAGUGCCAGGACGCCAGCCACCAGCGACUGCUGAACGUCAAGGCCAGCCUGGAGCUGGAGAUCGAGACCUACCGUGACCUGCUGGAUGGCGAAGCCCAAGGUGAUGGUGUGGAUGAAACUUCAUCUGUGACUGACUCCAAAUCUCAAGCACAGUCCACUGAUUCUGCUAAAGACCCUCCCAAACCCCAAAAAAUCAAUACAGUUAUCCAGACCGUGGUGAACGAGGAGAUGGUCUCAUCUCAAGUUCAGGAAUUUGAAGCACUAAUAUAACAUUUCACAAGAUCUGCCCCAUGAUUGCUUCCUUGGGCAUAAGAAAUUUACAAGAAGAAAUUAUUCCUUUCAGAGUAAGAUGCUAUAUUAGGUCAAGCUCUAUUUUUGUUUCAUUUUCUUUAGAUUCCUAUUCACGUUGAGUCCUUUCUGCUCUGCCGAAACAAUACUCAACUAUGAGUCAUUGUGGCCAUGUUGGUGUUCAUAACAAACCAAAAUUGCCUUAUCAAUUUCUGGACCUGGAGUAGUCUUUUAAUAAACUUUCUUCUAGUGACCUGGAACAUGUUCUUAAUCAUAGGGCUUUGAUCAAGUAGUACUGUCUUAAUAAAAUUAAUUUUAAAAGAUUAAUGGUAAUAGUGUGAAAUCUGUAUCUUCUUGAUUCCAGUAAUAAUGUCAAGGGCAUAGA